AAUUCAGCUCUUUUGAAAUAAUGAUUAUAGGAGUUUCAAUAAGAGAUUGAUCGCAUUAUGAUAUAAUUACAAGAUUUAUAAUAUUUUAAAGAAAUAUAUCUUUUAAUUAACAAAUCAAGAAUUCUUUGGUGACGUUGAAAUGUUUUAAAUUACCUGCCUGGCUAUUAGUAAAAUAAUCAAUAACAACAGUGAUUCUUAUACAAGAUUCGUGAUUAUACUUUUGUCAAGGACUUUCUAUUAGAAUCUCUAUAACGAUUUUUAAUGAUUUGUGCAAUAAUUUGGGAAGCAUGAAAUGCAUAAGAAGACAAUUAAACGGAAUGUGUUUAGUUCAACUACACAAAAGGUAAAAGCACCACAACAUCUAUUAAGAUUACGAGACGAUGAAGCUUAUGAACAUGAGCUAUGUGGAAUUCCAUUACCAGAUAUACAAAGAAAAGAGUUUUCUAAAAGAAUUACUAGUCCAACAAGUUGGGAUCAAACUAGUAUCUCAACGUCUAUAUCAUGGCCAGAGGAAAUGGAAAAUGUUGCAACCGAGAAAUUACUUCAACAAUGGGAUGCAAUUGAAAAAGUUCUCUAUAAUGAAACUGAUAACUUGUCCAAUAAUGAAAUUUUUGAAGAAUGUACGCAAUGGAAAAUGCAAAUACCGCAUUUGAGAGUUAUUGGAAAAGGAUUGUUUGAUAAAAGUAUUUGUAAAUCUACAGAUUGUAGUGCAGAUAAAAGAGAAGUACAAAAAUCGUUUGAUCAUUAUGAUAGUCCAAAACUAUCUGUCGAACAUUAUCAAGUAAUAAAGGAUAUAAAUGAAUCUUCAAGCAAUUCAAAAAAUAAAAGAUUAAAAGAAGAUAUUUUUAAUAUUAUCUUGGAAUACAUAAAUGCUCAAUUAUUUCCAGUUAAAAAUGAUGAUAUAAACACAUUAGAUAGUACAUUAGAUAAAGUAUUAAAAAUUACUCCUGCACCUAUGUGUAGAAAUAGAACAUUCACAAAAAGUUCUAAAUCUACUAGAUCAGGUGAAAAAAUUUUAUAUCAUGAUCAUUUUGAGGAUGAUUCUUUGGAUCUCAGUAAUACAAAACAACACGAGCAAAAUAUUUUUGACAAAUCAAAGCCUGAAACUAUUAAAAGGAACAAACAUUCCUCUGAAAGAAGAAAAGAACAUUCCAUUUCUGCGAAUAAAGUAAAAGCUUUUCGAAAAAUCGGAAAUGAUGUACAUGCUGAAAAAGAGAGACUGUAUACUGCACAACAAAGCAGAAAUAAACUUGGUACUGUUUUUAACGAAAAAAUUGUUGUUAGUCCUGUGCCUUUUGCUGUAUCUACCAGAGAAAGUUUUUCUACUUUAAAAACUAUACCUAUUAGAUUCAUGGGACAAGCUUUAGAAAUUUCAACUUCUCAAGGAUCUGCUAGAAAUUCUUUUUCUAACAUUAAGCCAUUGUGGAAAUCAAAUAGUAUUAGAAUGCCAGAUACUCAUUCUGCUUGGCAAGCACCUGUAUCUCCAGCUGUGUGGCCGAAAAAUCUUAGACUUGCUCCUAUAGAUACUUCAAGACUCCCCAGCAGUAAAAACAGGUCAUCGUCGUUGGUUGCGUCACCAGCUGUGUUACAGCGCAGUAUAAAACCUUUAAGUCCUAUUUCACGUUCAAUAAUGCCCUCUACUGCAAAAAUUAUACGCGAUAAGAAUAAUGAUAUUCUAGAAAUUCAAGGUAAGCAUAUUACUACAGGACAGGUUCCAAAAUCAGCUUUGUUUACAAGUAAUUGGGAUUACAGUCCUAGAAAUAUUGUAAGUAGGAAAAAGAAAGUUACAGUCAAAAAAGAAAAAUAACAUUUAAUCUACGGUUAAUAGUAUAUAUCGUUAUAAGGUGAAUCGUAAAAUGUGCUUUUGUUAUUUCGAAAUGAUUAAUUCUAUAAAUAUAAUAAGAUUCAUAAGGUAUAUAUAUAUGUUGCUUUGGCAAUAUGUAAGAAGUUUAACUAUGGGACCAGAAAUUAAUUAAAGAAGAUUUAUUAACAUUUUAUUUAUAUAAUUUCACUUUAAAUAAUUAAUUUGGUAUUCACUAUGCAAGCAUAAGAAUAUUUUAUUAUGGUAAUAUAAUAUGCAUAUUAAUGAAGGUAUUAUGUACUUUUAUAAAAAUUAGGAAUUCUUUUUAAUACGAUUUUUUUUUAAUAAUAUCGAAAUCAUUUUAUAAAUUAAUUAUAUUGUAAACGAUGUGCACAUUUGAUUUUGUCUUGAAUACAAUAUAAAAUUUAAUACAGUGUGCAAAAAAGAACUAUUUAUAAUAUUCAAUGUUUUUAACAAUAUAAUAUAAUAUUUUUUUAAUAGUAUAUAUACGAUAUAUAUGUAUUAUAUUUAAUAUAUGUAUAUAUAUAUAUGAUGUAUAUAUAUAUAUAUAUGUAUUUUAAAUACUGUUGUUUAAUAAUUAACUGUAUCGUAACGAUGUCUACCUCACUCGAUGUUUAUUAGUUAUAUAAGUAUGUAAUACACAUGCUUUCGUAAGCAAUCAAAUAUAUUUUUAUAAUUGCACAUUGUUAUACGUGAAAACCUGUUUAUUGUAUAUAGAUGAAGUAAAUCAAUGUACGAAUAUUGCUUAUUUA